UCGAGAAGUUACAAAUCACAAAGGCAGCUACGAAUUCUGCUUUUAUUUUUUAUUUAGUACAAUCAUAGUAAUUAGCAAGGUGACACGUAUAGAAUCCCCUCGCCAUUUCCAGUCCCCAGACUUCAACGCAUACGCAUCCUCGUAGCUGCCACCGUCAUACUCGUUAUUGGCAAUCUCAAAACCCUAGAACUCUUGAUACUCUCCAGCGAACAAAAUGGAUCCGGUUAUUCCCAUUGCGGUUGUCUCGAUCCUUCUCGGUGCUCUGAUCGCUCUCCUCUUCUUCAAAACCUAUUUCAUCAAGAGAAAAUCCGAAAUUAAAUCCAUAGCCAAACCGGAACUCCAUUCGGAUCCUAAGAAGCCCACGAAGCCUGCUCAGUCUAUAACCAAGAAAUCUCACUCGAAACCUCACUCUCAUGCUUCUGACAAGGAUCAAAAUAAGCGGCAUCACCCAUUGGAUUUGAACACUCUAAAAGGUCAUGGAGAUUCAGUCACUGGGCUGUGUUUCUCUAAUGAUGGACGGAGUUUGGCAACUGCUUGUGCAGAUGGAGUGGUCAGGGUGUUUAAGUUGGAUGAUGCUUCAAGUAAAAGUUUCAAAUUUCUAAGAAUUAAUUUACCUGCUGGAGGUCAUCCAGUGGCUGUGGCCUUUUCUGAUGAUGCAUCUUCUGUAGUAGUGGCUUCUGAAACUCACUUCGGUGCAUCUUUAUAUAUGUAUGGAGAAGAAAAGGCUAAACCUACUAAUGAAUCCAAGCAGCAAUCUAAGCCUCCUUUACCAGAAAUCAAAUGGGAACAUCACAAAUUGCACGAGAAAAGUGCUGUUCUGACUUUAGUUGGAGCUGCUGCAACUUAUGGAAGUGCCGAUGGGAGUACUGUUAUUGCCUCUUGUUCAGAGGCUACUGAUAUCAAACUUUGGCAUGGAAAGACUGGGAAGAAUUUGGGGAGUGUUGAUACAAAUCAAUUGAAGAACACCAUGGCUGCUAUAUCACCAAAUGGACGUUUUAUUGCUGCUGCGGCUUUUACUGCAGAUGUGAAGGUUUGGGAGAUUGUAUAUUCAAAGGACGGUUCUGUUAAAGAGGUUCCAAAAGUUAUGCAGCUUAAAGGGCACAAGAGUGCAGUGACUUGGUUAUGCUUUACUUCAAACUCAGAGCAAAUCAUCACGACAUCCAAAGAUGGUUCUAUAAGAAUUUGGAACAUCAAUGUUCGAUACCAUCUUGAUGAGGAUCCGAAGACUGUAAAGGUGUUUCCAAUUCCACUUCAUGAUUCAAGUGGCGCUACUUUGCAUUAUGAUCGACUCAGCUUAUCCCCUGAUGGGAAGAUACUGGCAGCAACCCAUGGUUCAACAUUGCAGUGGUUAUGUGUGGAUACUGGGAAUGUUCUGGACACAGCUGACAAGGCCCAUGAUGGUCAAAUCACAUGGAUUGCAUGGUCUCCUAAGACGAUUCCAAUGGGUACUGGACAGGCCUUGGUGUUGGCCACCGCCAGUGUUGACAAGAAAGUGAAAUUGUGGGCAGCUCCAUCACUUCAUUCAACCUAAAAGAAUCUUCUAUUUAACUAAUUUCAAUUACAGGGCAAGGAAUUUCUGAUCUUAGUAGGCGUUGAUCAGCUGUAGCUUAAUGAGUUUUGAGCUCUACAAUCGUCUUAGAUUAACCACUUAAAAGAAAGUUUAAGACUAGAGUAUGGCAUGAUGCAGAACUCAGGACAGGAUUUCGAAUUUGAUAUCAAGAAAAAAAAAAAAAGGGUUUUUGUAUGGCUAGAGUUGUGUGAUCUGACUUAAAUUUUUGGUGGUGCACAAUUUUCGCAAAGUUAGAUAAUGUGCUUUUUGGAUGGCGAUGCAACAAUAUCAUCUUUGUUCAGAUUUGAACUUGCUGUAAUGUUACAGGUUUUGUUGAGCCAUGCCAAUAGUUUUAUGGGUGAGGUUGGCAUUGACUUUAGAUCUAUUAUUAAGAAAAAAAAUAUUUUUUAAUAUGCUAAUUAUUAGAAAAUUGAAUUCA